CUGAACCGGAAGUAAAUCUAAAUUCUCAAGGCUUAUGGCUGACGAUUCUGAAGAAGGAAGUUGUUGAGGCGUCACGUAUUUAUAAGUCAACUUUUGAAGAGAGUGCUGUAAAAUGGGAAAUCUUCUUCGUAUCUUGAUGAACAAUGACCAGCCGUCUUCCAAGGCUUCUGAAAAUUUCUUCGUUGAUUUUGAGAAUGUCCAGCCAACAGAGUCUGAGGAGCGGGUGUGGCACCUUUGCAAAUCAGUCUUGGACCAAGCCACUGACAUUGUAAUGGAGUUACAGAGAUAUAAGGGUGCUACAGAGGAAAUCAGAAUGGCCAUAUCCAACCCCAAGAUUGAAGAGCUGCAGGAGAAAGCAUGGAUGGCUGUCUCUCCUCUUGUGUCCAAAUUGAAAGUAUUUUUUGAGUUCUCUCUUGAACUUGAGCGUGUGAUCCCAGAACUGCUUGGUGAGUUGUGUUCAGAGGACCUAUCACCGCGGGAGCACCUGGAGCAACAGCAGGCCCUCUUCAAACAGUUUGCCGAGAUCUUGGACUUUGUUCUCAAAUUUGACGAUCUCAAGAUGACAACCCCUGCCGUACAGAAUGACUUCAGUUAUUACAGGAGGACACUUAACAGAAGGAAAAUGGCAAAUGAGGAAGAAGUUCAACCAGGUGAAGAAGCUGUUUCCAACGAACUGGCCAAUCGGAUGUCACUGUUUUAUGCCCAGGCAACGCCCAUGUUAAAAGCACUCAGUGACAUCACAGAUAAGUUUGUUACUGGGAACAAGGAAUUGCCAGUAGAACAGACAACAGAUUGCCUCAGUAUGAUGGCAAACAUUUGUCGAGUGAUGAUUGAAAAUCCGGAGUACAGGUCAAGGAUAAAAGAUGACACGCAGUUGUUUUGUCUUCGUGUUAUGGUCGGUGUCAUCAUUCUUUAUGACCAUGUUCACCCAGUUGGAGCUUUUGCAAAGACUUCAGGCAUCGAGAUGAAAGGAUGCAUCAAAAUUUUGAAGGACCAAGAUCAUACAAAUGUUGAGUCAUUGUUGAAUGCUUUAAGGUACACAACGAAGCACUUGCAGGAUGACAACACACCUCGAAUCAUCAAGUCUAUGUUAGCUGACUAAUCCGGGUUUAGCUAUGGUUCUCCAGGGUUUUGUUUUUGUGUUAUACAAUAUAUAUCUGUUACUUUCAGGUAAUUUUUUUUUUUCUCUUUUUUAUCCCAUGUUUAAAGUUGAAAUUGUAAUGUUUUUCCCCUAUAAUUUGAAGUUAAGACUCACUCCAUGACAUUUCAAUGGCAUCUACAACCACAAAGUUGUUAAUUCAGUUAUUUGUUCGAAAUUUUGUGGACAUUUUCUAUUUUGUUACUGGUUUCUUAACGCAAAUAUAUGUUGAUAAUUCUGACAGUAUUCUUUAUAGCCUAAUGUGUAGUGUUUGGUUUCAGGCUGUAAUUUGAAAUGGGACUUUUGCCCCUUUUCUGUCAAACAUAUGCAAAGUAUAAAUUAAAAUUCCUGAUACAUUGAUGGAUAUUGGUCCCAAUCAUAAAACAGUUAAAUUUUUUACAGGUUUGUGCUUUCAAGUAGUUUAGCCGUGUUCAAUAUUUUGUAUAGUGAAUUUAGCAAUGAUAUCGUGCUAUGGUUAUUUGUCGAAUUCUCCUCGAGAAACGUCCAAAAUGAAAGAAAUUAUUUGCAAUGUAUUGUUUGUCUUUGUUUUCACUCAGUUUUUUUUGGUUUGUCAUGGAAGCAAAAUAUUUCUGGACAGUGCAUUUCCCGCCCUUUUUCUUUGAAUAGCUAAAAAUGUAGAAGAGGUGGUUGGAUUUGAACAUAUAUUUUUUCCCCUCUUUGAAUUAUAUCCCAUUUGCCUCCUGACAUUAAAGAAUCUACCAGUGGGCAUGAAAUUGCUUCAACAUGGAGUGCACACUUUGUUGUUUUUUUUUCUCUCAAAUGAAGGUACAUAUUAUAUUUAAAGAUUGAUAAAAGUGAUAUGCCUAUGAAAUUGUGAUGUGUGAAAUACAGUGAUCUUUAUCCUCUGUUUCCAUAAUUCAGAUUUUUUUUUUUGCAGCGCAUGAAAUGAGAUUAAUUACUCUCUUCUCCUUUGCUGUUGGUUUAUUCAACCAAACUUUUUUGUACAAUCAACUCGUAUGUCGUCGGCUAACAGGCAAACUUUUUCAUUGUGAUUUUGAAAAAGUUUUCAGGAGAGGAACAAAUUGUAUCGACUUUUACUUUUUACUACAGCUAAAGGUGUUUGCUUUUAUAAUUUUGAUGAAAGAAUGUGUCAGGUUGGACCUGCAAAAAUGUAAAGCUCAUGUUUGAUCUCUAUAAAGAAAAACUGGGGGCCAAAGUCAUGAUGCCUGAGUUUGACUCUUAGCCAGCGAUUUUCUGUUUAUGACAUUCAAGCAAGAUGGCAACUGCUGUGCACUGUAGAUUGGGGGUAUGUGUGAUGGAAUUUUUCGAAGUCCUAAGUGAGACAAUUUGUUAUUGACUUAAAACAUUUAUUUUAUAACGACUGGAUAUCAGCAGGGUUUUGAUAAUACGUCUGACCUUUGGACUUGAGUUAAGUUUCGUCUACUGUGUUCCCCAUUACAGCUUGUGCUCAUGAGGGUGUGCUGAUCACCUGAACGCAGUGUGUAGUCAGUACUGUGUGUAGAGUACAUGUAUAAUACAUGUAUAAUACCGUGAUGCUGUACAUAUAAUUUUGUUGUGUAUAAUUCCAGCGAGACUUAAUCAUAUUAGAGCAUGUUGUUUCUGUGACUGAACAAAGAGCAUAAUUGUGAGUGUGCUGCUUGUUGCCAUCUUUGGGUGUUGCCAUGCUAAGAUUUUAAGAAUCUGCUGUAGCUGGGAGCUUUGGGGGUACUGCUGUUCAAGAACGUUUCCGAAGUUUCAUGAAUUCCUGAACGAAAUUAGAAAUGUUUUAAGUGGUCAUGUCUUCGAGUCUUUUUUCUGGAUGGUUGGAGGAUUUGUUGAUAUGAUGUGAUAGUCUGGGCUUGUUCCUUUUAAAAGUUUAUUCGUGUUGAAUUUUGGCUGUUACAGUGCCAUCCCACCAUAAACUUGAAAUCAACUACCACAAAAAGUUCCUUUUUGUUUUCAACAGGCUAACUCCUUGAAUCGGACUUGUUUCUCAGAAGCACCCUUGCAGCUCUCUGCUACACCGUUUCUUUCUUGUAUUCUCUAUUCAGAUUGUAUAUGUAGUAUUGUCAGUUGUGAGUCUGAAG